AAAUAAUAAGUGAACAUAAUGUGAAGACAUUUAAAUCAGAUGGCCUUUGUUUUUUAGGACUUCAAGGUUUUCCUGUUAAAAAACCCUCGCAGAAAAUGUACGACAGGUAUCAGGCCAGUUUGCAGCAGCCAGAGGACUCACAUAUGAUGCAGUAUCACUACAUGAGCCCUUACACUGAAGGUCCAGGGGAAGAGCCAGUCAUGUCUGGGCUAUCUGUCCAAAUGGACCCAUCUCUUUACCAAGAAUCUUUUUACUAUAAUUACCCACCAGUUCCAGACCAUCAAUACCAGGAACAGGCCUACCAGCAGAAUGUUGCAGUUCAGCUGCAGCCUCAGCACCAACACUCAGUCCAGCAACAGGAGCUAAGUGUUCAGUCUUCUGUCCCCCAACAAGUUCUGACAUCGGUGAAGAAGAAAAGAGGUCGACCUAAACAACAAAUGGGGAAUGAGGAGACAAAGGCAGAAGAUGAGGCUGAGGCUGCUAAAAAGGCUAAAAGGAUUCUCAACCGCUUCAACGGCAUGUCGGAGGCCGAAGUUAUGGCCAAGACCCUCCCUGACGUUAUAACACACAACCUUGACAUUUUGAUUAUUGGAAUUAAUCCUGGACUGUUGUCAGCUUUCAAAGGACAUCAUUACCCAAACCCAGGAAACCAUUUCUGGAAAUGUUUGUUUCUGUCUGGUCUGACUGAGCAGCAGCUGAGCUACGUGCACGACCAGAACCUGCCGGACAAAUACAGCAUCGGCUUCACUAACAUGGUAGAAAGGACCACGCCUGGCAGCAAAGACCUCUCUAAUAAGGAAAUUCGUGAAGGAGGUCGACAGUUACUUGAAAAGCUCCAGAAAUAUAAGCCGUUGAUAGCAGCUUUUAACGGCAAAGGUAUUUAUGAAAUCUUUUGCAAAGAAAUCUUUGGCGUAAAAGCCAAGAAUCUUGAGUUUGGCCUGCAGCCCUACAGAAUCCCAGAAACUCAAACUGUUUGCUUCCUAAUGCCAUCAUCAAGCCCCCGCUGCGCCCAGUUUCCCCGCGCACAGGAUAAGGUGCACUUCUAUAUAAGGCUGAAGGAGGUGCGUGACCAGAUGAAGGGCGUGGCUCCGAGCCACGAGGUGGUGGAGACGCAGUACUCGUUCAACCUGCAGCUAGCUAAAGAGGAUGCAAAAAGGAUGGCGAUCAAGGAGGAGCAAGUGGAUCCUGAGUAUGAAAGCUGCAGUGGGCUUCAUGAUGGAAUGAGACAAAACAGCUGAGGCAGAGGAGAGAAGAACAGGAUGAAGAUGCACUCAGAACUCUGCAGGCCAGUCAGCAGAAGACAUGACACAGAACUGCUGCAGCAGGAGUUCAACCACGGUGAGAACAUAUGAAGAGGAGCUGUGCUGCUCCUGAGCUGCACAAGAAAUCAAGAACUCACAAUUGCAUUUUAAACACCUAAAUGUGUUUUUUAUUACUAUUUAUUGUGUUUUAAAUGUGUUUCCUGGUAACGUUUUUGUAUUUUGAUAAAACUGUUUCAUGAUCAGUGUGAGGUAUAAAAUGAUAAGACUGUUAGUCGUUUUGUUGUACGACUUUAUUAAAUUGAUUC